UGGUCUUCCUCGGCGAGAAAGAUAUCGGCGGCAGCAUCAUGGAGCGGGGCAUGGACAUGGACGACGUCGUGCAUCGCCCGCUGCUCUUCGCGACGAAGGGCUACGCGUCGUCCCAGCUCCUCCUCGACGACGCGCAGCGGAAGCGCCGCCACCGCAACGACGUGGACGACGAUGGGCGGCUCGAGGACGCCAACCUGCAUGGGCCAUCGGCACCGCGCCUCCGACUUGAGACGCUUGGUUCGCGCGCGGCCAUGAUCGUGCUGGCCGCUUCGUACGUCUCGUUCUGUGUGGCUUUGGUCAUGGCGUACUUGUACAGCGAUGCGUACCUCCGGACCACGAUAGACUUGCCCGGCAAUGUGUGCCAGCCGACGACGCCGAUCGACACGCCAUGUACAUACAUCGACUACCACACAGCGAACGCAUGGUACGCAGCCAACGUGAGCAAUGUCUCGUGGUUGGCAGGCUCGAUGCAGCUGAGUAUUCUACCGGCCAACCUCACGCAGCACGAGCCGAGCUUCGUGCUCGAGUACGACGUGUCUGUCUACGGCGGGCGCUUCCCGUUCACCGAGCACGGCGCGCACAAGCCCAUCUUCCGCCUCGCGAACCAGAGCCUCUGGCUGCACUGCGCAGAGAAUGCAUGCGACGCCGCACCGCUCUUUGAUAUCUCCCAGGCGAACGAAGGCCUCGGAGGCAACGGGUACGGCUCGUACCUCAUUCUCGUCGUCUUCCACGGCUACUACCCGCACCUCUUUGCCCGCGACGUGCAGUACGCCUUUAGCUUCACGAAGCCCGCGGUCGUCGUCAGCCAGCUCAUCGUGCGCACCGCGCUGCUCUUGCUCUCGCUUGGCGCGCUUCCGUACUGGGUUCGGGCCGUGCCGGCGCCGCGGCUUCGUAUUCAGGCGCAGCUCUUCUGGGUCCUUGUCGUGCUCGUGCUGUGGCAGAACCCCGUGUUUGUCGUCGCCCAGUGGUUUGGCGACGUCUCGGACGCAACGCGCCUCAGCGCCAACAUUGUCCAAGCGUGGGCCAAUGCGAUUUUUCGCGGCCUCUGGCUCGUCAUGCUCGGCCACCCGGCGUCGACCACGACCCGCGUCUGGCCCAAGGUCCUCUUCGUGCUGCUCUUUGGCAGUCUCCAGACGAGCGAGAGCAUCUUGCGGCUGCCGUCGCUCUCGCCCGGCCACGAGCCGGAGGCCGAGACGGCGUACAUUGCGCUGGGAAUCGCGCUCCUCGUGCUCCACUGGUACUGGCUCGCGUGGGUAGUACAGACUGCGCUCGAGACGGCCGCGACGCUGCAGUCGUUCGUGUACAUGCUGUCCCGCCACGAACAGUUGAGCUUCCGCUUUCUCGUGUUCGAGUCGGUCUUGCUCUUGCUGCAGCUCUUGCUCGCCUCGGUCGUGCACGCGGUGCAGCUACUCGCUGCCGUCGUCUCGGCCGAAGGCAGUGCGUCCAUGGCGUCACUCCGACGCGCGUGCAUCGUCGUGCUCGGUUCCAUGGGCAACGACAUGCCGCAGCUUUCGUUCGUCAUCUUUUUUGCGGUCUUUGUGUCGCUGGUGCUCUGGGUGCACUUGCCCGCGCCGUCGAUCACUGCGACGUCAUCGCUCUUUGCGUCGACAGCGUUCUACGUGCACGAAAAGCACCAGCACAACAGACAACACGUGUUCUGCCUCGAGACGGCCGAGUGGCUCGUGCAAAUCGCGUGGCAGGCGUACUUCGACCCGAUCGGGAAUCCGUCGGCGUCCGGCGCCGGCGUCCAGACGCUCGACACCUUUGGCUUUGAGCUCAUCGCGCACCUGCGGCACGACCUCGUCGAUACGCACGCGGUCGUGUGCGUCAACCGCGAGACGCACCAGCUCAUCGUGGCAUUUCGCGGCUCGGUGAGCAAGGCGCACUGGAAGACAAACCUCCGAUUUCAUCAAGUGCCGCUCUGGAUGCACGCGAUCAGCGGUCGCGGCAAGCAGCGCCGUCGUCGAAGCUGCAAGGAGCGACUCCAGCUCUGCGCGGGACGUAUCCCGCUCCUCAACCUGGCGCUGCCCCGCGUCCACAGCGGGUUUUGGAAAGCGUACGCUGCGGUGCGCGACGACCUCAAGGAGACGCUGCGCCUCGUGCUGCAGGACGACCCGCACCUGCGCGUGUACGUCACGGGGCACAGCAUGGGCGGCGCGCUCGCUGUGCUCGCCGCGUACGACAUUGCGGCUCAUUUUGGCGCCACGCGCGUGUCCAUGUACAAUUUUGGCGGCCCGCGCGUCGGCAAUCCCGCCUUUGUGCGCCAGUACAACCGCACGGUGCCCGAGAGCUUCCGCGUCGUCUACGACGGCGACCUCGUGGCGGGCAUCCCGCGCUUUUGGGGCCUCUACGAACACGUUGGGCGCGAAGUGGCGAUCGACGGCGCGGGGAAUGUGCUGUUGGACCCGAGCUUCAUUGAGCGACGCCUCCUCGUGUCGUCCAAGACCAAGGUGGCAUCGCACGCGACGCUUGUGUACCGCAACGCCCUCCGCCUCUGCCUCGAUAACCUCCGCGACGAGUCCUAAGACGAGGCAUGCGUCGUUUCUUGGUUG